CUAUGGUUUAGUUGACUAGUGAAUUCACAAUCGGCUAUAUCGACGUGGAUUUAUACAAACCUCAAAAAAAUGAGGUGUUCAAGACUGUCGAUCAAAAAGGACAUCAAUCUUAGCAAUUAUGGAAUCAAAUCCACUUUAGCGCAGAUCAUGGCAUUGAUGGCGACGUAUGUUUUCACUUUGAAAGUCGGUAUCGACAUGAUAACGCCGACAAUCAUCAUAGGAGCAAUUGCUGAUAGACGCAUAACUACCGAACACAACGCUUUGUCUGAUAUAUCGGAAGAACAAAUGACCUGGAUCGGUGAGUUAAACUCAUACCGAUGUACGGCGUGUUAUAUGAAGUCGGGUAUUCUGUUUAUUAUUGCCAUAUUUAUUACUGCCCAAAAUAUCACUAUUCGCGUACGAUGAUUUCAUCAAACGUGAGUUCAAAGUCAAGUACAUGUAUUAAAUGGUGAACACAUUUUUUAAGUUUAAGAACGUAAUCGUAUUUGAUAUGCAUCUAUUUUACAUAUUUAAUGUUUUCUUAUCCAAAUCGUAUGACGUAAUUGUCUUCACCUACUCUUUUAUAAACUUAUAGAACUUAA